ACCUGGCGGUCCUAUGGGCUUUCGUGCUUUCUUGCCAACUAUUUCCCCGACUUGCAAAAAUCACAUCCCUUUCAUUUGCAAGUCUAAACUUCAGGUUCCCUGCUAAAUCUCUGCGGCAAAGUUCAAUGUCUACUACGUUCAACUUUUCGUCAUACCUCAAGUCCCAAAAAGCAGAUUUUCUAGCUGAUAAUGGGGAAGGAUGGACAGUGGUAAUGGGCAAUGAAGCGGGUGAUCUCGAUUCUCUCGCUAGUGCACUCGGAUAUGCUUGGUUGCGCUCCAACACGAGCGGGAAAGCGAUCGCAUACAUAACUACACCUAGAGAGGAUUUUGUCCUUAGAGCAGAAAAUUUGCACGCCCUUGGUCUCGCUGGAAUCAACCAACCUUUCGAAGAGCUUUAUUGCUCUGGUGAUCCUAUUCCAUCACACGUGUCGCAAUUUGCACUUGUGGAUCACAACGUCCUUCAGACCAGAUAUGCAUCUGAAACAGCCAGGGUUGUUGCAGUGAUAGAUCAUCACGAAGAUGAAGAACAAUACAAGGAUGCUAGUACAACUGAUCCCAGGAUAGUCGAACCGGCUGGAAGUUGCUCGUCUCUUGUUGCAAGAUUGUAUCAAUCGUUCCCCAAUCUUUCUAUACCCCCAGAAUUGUCGACACUCUUGCUUAGUGCCAUUUUGAUCGACACCCAUGGCCUUAAAGAGAGAGGGAAAGCUCUGAAUGUCGACAGGGAGGCGGCUGCGUUUUUAAUCCCCCGAUCCCUUUUGGCCCACAAUGAAGUCUCUGCAUCAUUGGAUAACCAACUAAUUACCCAUCUCCCUUCCGUUCAGUCUCUGUCUGCGACGUUGAGAGAGAAGAAGCUCUCUGUAUCCCAUUUCAGCACGCGGGACUUGCUGCGGAGAGACUACAAAGAGUACGCAUUCAACGUGCAUGUGAUAAAAGUGGGUCUUGCCACCGUCCCACUUCGCCUCUCCGCAUUCUUUGCAUCAUCGAGUUAUCCUAUGAAAGAAAUUCAAGAUUGGCUCACCGAAAGAGAUCUUAGCGUUCUCGGCAUACUCACUACUUUUCGGAGCAAUGAAGGCAAGGGAAGGCGGGAGCAACUUUGGAUAGUCAAGGCAGACGAAGGCAUCACAGAGACACUUUGGCAAGGCCUCGAAUCAAGCGAAGAGCUUCAGCUAAAAAGGCUUGAUUUCUCAAAGUUCGUGGGCAACGCCAACGCGGCUGAUGAACCUGAGGUCGACGAUACCGAAGACGUAAUGGCCGAUGAAACGCGAUUUGGUGAUUCAUUUGUUGCGAGGGCUUACAAGCAGGGCAACGCGAGCGCGACGAGGAAGCAGACUGCCCCCAUUAUCCGGAGACUUAUAGAGGGGCUAUGAACUCGUGAGGUGAUUGUUUGACACAGUUUGAAACUCUCAUACCUGAUAUAUUCGAUGCAUAUGUAUUAAGAAAUCAAAUGAACCCAUGCAAAUUUAACGAUUGUCGUGUCGGAUUGCCCUUGCGUUUCUCCAUAAUCAAUUAAGACCUUUUGCCCUUCAUUCAUGCCAUGGUUGCAUGACCAGCUUACGCAUUCGAG